UCGUGAGCUUUGUAUUGUGAAUUGUCCGGAACUGUUGGGGAGUAUACCGGAAAAUCUUCUUUCUUUGGAGAAACUUGUGAUUUGUGAUUGUGAGAAAUUGGUGAUUUCAAUUCAAAAACCUUCCGAUGCUAUCAGAAUUGGUUGUUCGAGGGUCCCAGGAGGUAGUGUAUAAAGUUUUGUAGACGGCAGCUCAUUAGAAAAUGUCUGGUUUUCAAGAGUUUUCCAAGUUUACUUGUAGAGCAGAAUGGUUGACGUUAGGAUCAAUAAAAGUGAAUCCCUUAAGAUCGACGAUUGUGAGGAAUUGUGCUCUUUGCAAGAGAACAGUUGGGGAUUGCUAACUCAGUCGAUGUCACUUGGUGAAUUGAGCAUUCGAAAGUGGGCGCAACUUGUCUCCGUAGGGGCAGAGGAGGAAAGAGAAGAAUUGAUGCAAUUGAAGAUCCCUUGCACCAUUCGAAAACUGACAAUAUGGGAUUGUGAAAGGUUAGAAAAGCUAUCAACAACCUUGCACUACAUCUCAUCACUAAGGGUGCUAGAGCUUUGGUAUUGUCCAAAUCUGAUUUCUCUUUCAAACAACUAUUCGCCUUCGAAUCUAAAAAUCCUAGACAUUGGUUGUUGUAGAAAUAUACAGUGUUUGUUCGAAGAGGGAGAGAAUGUUAACAUCGGCAGUGUAUGUCUUCUUGAGCAGUUGAAUAUUAGCGACUGUGCAUCUCUGAUUUCUCUUUCAAAGUACAAUUUGCCGUCGAAUCUCAAAAGCCUAGAGAUUUUUGAUUGUGAAAAUUUACGGUGUUUGUUGGAAGAGGGAGAGAAUGUUAACCUCGGCAGUAUAUGUCUUCUUGAGCAGUUGAAUAUUAGCAAAUGUCCAUCUCUGAUUUCUCUUUCAAAGUACAAUUUGCCUUCGAAUCUCAAAAGCCUAGAGAUUUUUGAUUGUGAAAAUUUACGGUGUUUGUUGGAAGAGGGAGAGAAUGUUAACCUCAGCAGUGCAUGUCUUCUUGAGCAUUUGAAAAUUCGCAAAUGUCCAUCUCUGAUUUCUCUUUCAAACAACAAUUUGCCUUCGAAUCUCAAAAGCCUAGAGAUUGCUAAUUGUAAAAAUUUACGGUGUUUGUUGAAAGAGGGAGAGAAUGUUGACAUCAGCAAUGCAAGUCUUCUCGAGGAGUUGUAUAUUGGCUAUUGUCCAUCUCUGGUAUCUUUAUCAACAAGAAGGGAGUUACCCACGAGGCUUAAACGACUACAAAUAGAGGCUUGUGGAAAGCUAGAGUCCAUAGCUCAAGAAAUUCAAGAUAACUCUUCUCUUGAAAGUAUUGUUAUCAACUGGUGUGGUAAUAUUAAGUAUUUACCUCAAGGCCUGAACAAGCUCAGCCAUCUCGAGUGGAUAGGCUUAAGUGAUUGUUCAAUUUGGUUUCCUUCCAAAAAGUGGUUUGCCUACCUCAAACCUCAAAGUCCUCCGCCUCAGUUACUGUGAAAAACUCCAAGCCCUGCCCGACGGUAUACACAACCUCAGCUGUCUAGAAGAAUUAGAUAUAAAAAAUUUCUCAAGUCUGACAUCCUUCCCUGAAGAGGGCAUUCCGACUAAUCUCAAAAGACUUGCCAUCAAAGGAUCCAACAUUUAUAAGCCACUAAUUGAUUGGGGAUUGCAUAGACUCAUUUCUCUUAAAUCUCUCUCGAUAGAAAAUGGGUGUCCCGAUGCAGUGUUGUUUCCACAAGAAGAGAUACGAAUGACGCUGCCCUGCUCUCUCACCUCCUCUCUCAUCAGCGAUUUCCCAAAACUAGAAACCUAUCCUCCAAGGGCUUUCAGGACCUCACCUCUCUGGAGUUCUUGUCCAUCUAUCAUUGCCCAAACCUCAAGUCUCUUCCGGAAAAGGAGAUGCUUUCUUCGCUUUGGAGCUAGAUAUUGUAGGAUGUCCGGUGCUAAAAGAACGGUCUGGAAAGGAUAAGGAACCAGAGUGGUCGAAGAUAGACCAUAUACCUUGUGUGCUAAUUAAUGGCAGCUGCAUCUAUAAUUCCAGCUAAUUCUGUUUCAGAGGAUAAUGGUUCAGACAAUAAUUCUUCAGGGCAGCGAAGUUGAAGAGAAAAGAGUUAAUGACUCAAAGUCGCAGGAUAUGAUACUACCACGACCUUAUCUACAAAAUGCUUGUUAUCUGCUGAGAGUAAAGAUUUAAGUUGCAAAAAGGGAUUUCACAUGGGUCUCCUUGGUGCUGGUUGUUAUAUGAAGCAGAGGUUUAUGAAUUUUCUUUGGUAUUUUUGGGACCUACCAUGGAUGUCCGGAAGGCUGAAUGACCUGUAAGACCAUAGCUGCAGAUUGGUUGCAUCUGGAGACGUGAACUCAUCUUCUUUAUCAAUAGUUCCGGACUAGUAUAACUAAAGGUUCUUUCAUUUUAUUGAAAAGAAUCAGAAAAUCCAGAGUUCCUGUGCUCAAUUUGUGAAAUAACGGCCUAUCAUCCAUGAAUACAAGGAUAAAAGAUUCAUCUAUUACUUGAAGGUGGGAAAAAAACAACUGUUUCAUCUCAUCGAGAAGAAAAUGGCACGAGUAAAGAAUAUACCUACUUCCAUAUUCGUAAUGAAACCUAAGUAUGCGAGGAGUCUACACCACCUGUCACAUGGAUCUUUGUAUGGUGUCUGUCUUUCCUGUCAAUUUGAUUUUCAUCCAUUUUUAGCAUGAAAUGACAUUGAUUAAGACCGGCAUCCCAACUUUGAGUUAGGAAAGAGGGAACUGAUAAUUUUCAGUUUACAAGCAUUCAUGGAAGUUGCAGAAUGUGCGAGACAAUGUAGAUGUGUGCAAGGUUUACAAAUUACAAUCUGUGAACAUAACAUUCUAGUGUCAUGGGUCGAGACUAAAGCUCGAACACGCGCGGCUCCGGGGCCCGGGCAUUCACCCUUCCGGCGUCCCAGAUCAGCCUUCCGUCACGGUUCACACAAGGCGGAGAUGGUGUGAAUCCUUUUAUACCCCAGUGACCCUCCUAUUAUGUUCGAUGUGGGAUUUAGGACUCCCUCUUAGGUUCGAGACAUUCUCCCGCACUCAACCUCAUGACGCUCUCGUCACGGAGGCCGGCCACCCUGCCUACCUCCCUCGAGGCGCUCGGCGUGGAUCGAACGGUUUAGGGCUGACUCUUAUACCACUUGUCACGGGUCGAGACUAAAGCUUCGAACCCGUGCGGCUCUGGGA